AUGGCUCACAACGAGAAGCCUCUUAUGCUGGAAAGUGAGGAAUUUGCCGAUUGGAAGAUUCAGAUGUAUCUACAUCUGAUUACCAUGGAUGAUGAAAUUAUGACAAUCCUUAAAGAAGGUCCGAUAAAGAUCGAGAAAGAGAAAAGUGAAUGGACAGCUAAAGAUAGGAGAAGAAACAACCUAGACAACCAUUGCAUGAGACAUAUCUUCAAAUCUUUAGACAGAAACACGUUUGGGAAAGUUAGAGAAUGCAAAACGGGAAAAGAAGUGUGGGAAAAGUUGAUCCAACUGUUUGAAGGUAGUGAACAAAUAAAGGAGAACCAGAAAGAGCAGAAGGCUCUAAUGGCUGCUGAAAGCAAGGGCAAAUUGGCCGAUAGCGUUUCGGACGACUCAUUAUCUAGGGACAGUGAUCAUAAAGUUGAUACCUGCUUCACGGCUAAGAAAGAAUCUGAGGUAUUUGAUCUCUCCUUUGAUGAUUUUACCCGAGAUGAUCUAAUUGUUGCACUCAAUGACAUGGUCAUUAAGUACAGAAAACUGUCGGAAUCCCUUAAUCAAACUAUUUCAAAAAGUAAAUCAAGACAAAAGUUUGGAAGAGACAUCAUUGCAUCCGGACAGCCGAUUGCUGACGGACACAUUACAUGA